AUGCGUCCUGUCUCGAUGUCUCUCUCCGGUGCUGGUGCUGUCUCUGGUACACCACCCGGUGCCACCAAUCGUGCCGAACAGUUAUCGGCCACUGAAAAUCGCUCGUUUGACUAUCCGAUAGCGGAUCCAAUAUUUGUCAAGAAUCGCUACGGCCGUGAAGAUCUGCUUGCGCUACUUUCGAAGGAAGCCCAACCACCGAACGGUCUUGAAAAGUGCCAAUUCUACGUGACUGCAGCGCAGAAACCUAUUGUGCUUGUACCUCUUUCGGACGUCGAAACGGUACUUGUUUUUGUACUUCACGCCGAUCGCGCAACCAUCGCAUCCGGUGGCAUGAUCGGGGCCGCGAACAUCCCGAACCAACUGAGAACCGGCCAGGAGAAUCGCGCAUUUUCACCAUCCUGGAUGGGUGGCGUCACUUCGGCCGGUGUGGGCCGAGGGAGUGCGCAGUUUGGCCGAGGUGGUGCACUGGGCUCGUAUCGUGGUCGUGGUAUUGUACAAGCAAAUUCGGCACACGUUACCGAUACCUCGGUUAUUGGUCGAUUUGGUUCGAAUCGUGGUGGUCGCGGAGGGGCACUUGGUGUUGGUCGAGGGCUUACUACCGCUACGCAGCAGCAGCAACAGCAGCAGCAGCCGUUCAAUACUCGAGCCCAGGCUCUCUAUGAUCCACGAGAUCCACGUGAUCGCCCCAGACAGCGUCUUCGCAGCACAUCCGAUGAAGUGGCAAAUCCUCCGUUUGGUGGCGCUAUGGUAGACGAUUCUUCGUCUAAUGGAUGGAGCCAGCUGGGACGAAAUGCGGCACCGUGGAGUAAGCGUGUUGCUGCUGCAGCUGCAGCUGCUGCUAAUGGCAGUGUGCAGUCGUCGGAACCUCCGCACGACACUGCUGCUGCAGCAGUGCAGUAUACACAGAUGAACACCGGGGAAUAUGUGAACAGACAAACCCAGCAACUCCCCGAAUGGAUCGGUGGAGAUCGAGAAAAGUUCGUCAUUUCGUGUUACCACUAUAUAUACUGCUGUUUUUUAACGUACGGAAGACGAAUGAGGAACCUGGUGCAGCUGUAG